UCGUGAAGAGUCACUUGUGCAGAAAGGGGCCAGAGCCGGCCCGCUUCCUCUUUCUGCUUCUCUGUUUCCUAACGACGUCAGCAUAAAUAGGAAGCCUGAGAGACUGUCAGCCGGCUGGAGACUCCAGCAGAAGGUCCGUCUGUCGCGGCACAAAGAGGCCUAGAGGAGGCAGGGUCCUGGAGAGAAGAUUCCCGAGAGAGCCGAAGACAUGUGCCUGGCCUGGCCCCCGGCUGGCCAGGAACACGAGAUGUCAGGACAGUGAGGAGCCCAGACCCAGCCCAGACCUGGACCACUCCGGCUGGCUUCUGCUCACCAGAGCUAACUGGGGGGAUGAAGCUGACCCGGGGGCUGCUCCCCAUUGCCCUGUUGGUGCUCUGCUGGGGGCUCAGGGGGGCAGGGGCCCAAGAGACCUUCCUGCUGCAGAACCUGCGCUGCUAUAAUGACUACACCAGCCGUACCAUCUGCAGCUGGGCAGACACCCAGGAUGCCCAGCGGCUCAUCAACGUGAGCCUCUACCACAGGCUGAACGAGGACCUUCCACAGCCGGUGUCCUGUGACCUCAGCGAUGACCUGACCUGGUUAGACCAUCCUUGUCCCAGCUGUGUGUCCAGAAGAUGUGUCAUUCCCUACAAGGCUUUUGUCAUCGCUGACUAUGAUUAUUUCUCCUUCCGACCAGACCGGCCUUUGGGCGCUCAGCUCUCUGUCACUCUGACUCAGCACGUGCAGCCCCCUGCGCCCAGGGGCCUCCACGUCAGUGCUGCCCAGGGCUGUUUCCUGCUGUCCUGGACUGUGGCCCACGAGGGUCCCCAGAGCCCCUGGCUGUCCAGCCUGGAGUUUGAGGUGGCCUACAGGCGGCUUCAGGACUCCUGGGAGGAUGCCCACACCAUCCACUCCGGCUCCCCCCAGGUCACCCUGGGGCCGGAGCACCUCCUGCCCAGCAGCACCUACGUGGCCCGGGUGCGCACCAGGCUGGCCCCGGGCUCGGGGCUCUCAGGACGGCCCAGCCGUUGGAGCCCAGAGGUUCACUGGGUCUCCCAGCCAGGGGAUGAGGCCCAGCCCCAGAACCUCCAGUGCUUCUUCGAUGGGGCCGCCCUUCUCCGCUGCUCCUGGGAAGUGAGGUCCGAGGUGACCAGCUCAGUCUCCUUCACCCUCUUCUACAAGUCCAGCCCUGAUGCAGGGGAGGAAGAAUGUUCCCCAGUGCAGAAGGAGGACACCAGCAGCCCCUACAUCCGGCACCGAUGUCAGAUUCCUGUGCCAGACCCCAAGAACCACAGUCAGUACAUCAUCUCUGUUCGACCAAAGGAGGAAGAGAAACUUAUAAAGAGCUCCGAUAACAUCCAGAUGGCUCCUCCGACCCUCAACUUGACCAAGGACAGAGAGGGCUACAUCCUGCACUGGAAAGAAGAAAAAAUGAAUUAUCCGCACAUAGGUUACAUCUUCCAAGUCCAGUAUAAGAAAGAUGCAGACUCAUGGGAGGAGACCAAGACAGAAGUCUUACAGAAGGGCCACAGCAUGUCCCUGCCACCUCUGGAGCCUGCCACCAGGUACCAGGCCAGAGUGAGAGUCAAACCCGACCCCGGCAGCUACAAUGGGACCUGGAGCAAGUGGAGUAAGGAGCAGUCCUGGGACACCGAGUGGGUGCUCCCCAUGUGGGUCCUGGUGUUUAUCCUGGUCGUCACCACCCUGAUCGUGCUUCCAGUCCUGCGCUUCUGUGGCAUCUACGGGUACAGGCUGAACCGGAAGUGGGAGGAGAAGAUCCCUAACCCCAGCAAGAGCCACCUGUUCCAGAACGGGAGCGCCGGGCUGCGGCUCCCAGGCAACAUGUCCAUCCUCAGCAGCGGGAGCCGCCCACACAAGGGGCCCUGGGGUGGCGGCUACCCUGAGCUGGAGGGGGCGUCCCCUGUAGACUUCGGGCACAGUGAGGUGUCACCUCUCACCACGGAGGACCCUAAAGAAGCCUGCGACUUGUCAUCUGAGUCUGGAGUGACUCUGGGUGUCUUGAACCUCCCCACGGAGCCACCCCCCGAGCCCCCACCGGGGCUGGCAGCCUCCUCGGGUGGGCCUGAGAGCCGGGUUUCCGGCUUUGACUUCAAUGGCCCCUACCUGGGGCCGCCCCACAGCCGCUCCCUGCCCGACAUCGUGGGCCAGCAGGGGCCCCCGCAGGCAGGUGGGAGCAGCAAGCCACAGCCCCCAGGGUCCCUGGAGUACCUGUGUCUGCCCGCAGGGGGGCGGGCGCAGCUGGUGCCACUGGCCCAGGUGAUGGGGCAGGACAAGGCCAGGCCUGUGGAGAGGGGGUCCAGCCCAGGGCCCGAGGGGAGCCCCUCCCUAGAAUCAGGGGCGCCCCACCCGGAGCCUGGGCUGAUGGCGGGUGGUCAGGACCCAAAGGCCAGGGCCCCCACACUUCUGCCCACUGGCUCUGUGGAUCCUAAAGAUAGCGUUGUGGCCUCUGGUUACGUCACCACUGCAGAUCUGACUCUCACCCCAGCUACAGGGGCCCCGUCUGCCUCCCAGGCUCCCUCUCUGAACCUCCCCUCAGACCAGAACCCCAGCCCCUGUCCUGGACUGGCUGGUGGGCCCCCUGGAUCCUCAGGCCCCCUGAAGCCGGAAUUCGAGGGCUAUGUGGCCCUCCCCCCAACCACAUGCCCGUUCCCCCAGCCCCCUCUGACCAGUCCUGCCACUCCUGCCGUCAGCAGCCCUGUCCCGAGCCCAGGGCCAGCCCGGACAGAUGUGUCCCUAGGUUCCCCACCCCCCGAGGAGCUCCUCAUCCUACAGCAGGUGGGUGACUAUUGCUUCCUCCCCGGCCCAGCGUCCGGCCCUCUCUCACCCCAGAGUAAGCCCACUUCUCCGGGACCCUGUCCUGAGAUCAGAGACCUCAGCCAGGUAUUCCAGACCAAGAGGCCCCCAUCUCAGGCCAUUCCCCAGGUGCCAGCCAUUCAGCUCUUCAAAGCCCUGAAGCAGCAGGAUUACUUGGCACUGCCUCCUUGGGACGUCAGCAGGCCUGGGGAGGUGUGCUGAGACCCUGGUGACCUUGCGGGGGGCGGGGGGAGAAGGAGAGGGUCUGCCUUCAACCCUGGCCGCCCGGCCUUGCCCUCCUGCCGGCCCCUGGUCCCUUCCGCAGUCAUUUCUGCAAAGCUGAUAGAGAGCAGAAAAAAAGCAAGUCAACCAUCUACCCCCUCCCUUGACCUUCAGCAAGGUCAAGCUCCUCUCUCUCUCUCCCUGUCUGUCUCUCUCUUACACACACACACGCUUUUCUUUCAAGUUAACUUAUUUUAGGUUCUGAAUUAUUAGAGCUUCCUAUACACACUCAUCACAUUUGCGUCAUCAUAUUUCCACUCAUUAUCAUCAGAGUGAGUUUGAGGUCCAGGCGAUGCCCCUUCUGAGAUGUCAUGUCUCAGUCCAAGCUUAUUCUGAUGCUGACAGGUCUGGUUGCGUGGGGGACUCCUGUCUGUCCCCAGCAGGCGUGCAUACACACACGACAAGAUUCCAGCCCAGGGACAGGAGGCAGGAGGCAUGGGGUGGGGGCCCCCAGUUGGGGGGGGCGGGGAGGUGAAGGCUGGAAAGAAUAGCCCUGGAGGAGGCACGGCAGCCCCAGAUGUGGUAGGAAAGCGCCAGCCUCGAUGAUCACUCCCAAAAAAUGGGCGUGAUGUGGGAAGGACUGUUCUGAACUCAUGAGAAACCCUGCUCGUCCCACCGAGGUGACUGGGUUCCUCGGGAACCACAGACCCUGCAUCUUGUAGAGGCCACCGACCUGCACCUGCGGAGUGGGCAGGGCUGGUUCCUGGCUGAAGUGAUCUUCCAACCCCCACCCCCACCCCAUCCCCCCCUUGGUGAGACCUGGGACAAUUCUGGAGAGGGUGAGUCCAGAACCCACACUGACUGUAGAAAAGUUGGAAAGACGUGCUCCACAAAGAACAAAAUGAUCCAGGGGCAUGUACACUUUAAAGCUGAGAGUCCAAAUUGCCUGGCCACCCUCCUUCCAGAAACACCUUACACAGCCCCCCCACCUCCGCCCUGUGCCCCCACCGGCCACAUACGAGGUGCUUUGGGUCUAUGGCUUGUCCUAUACAGGAGAUCAUGGUUCUUUUAAAUCCUCGCCUUUCUGAUAUGCCAAAACCAACAAACCCACAAAAAAAAAGGCAUUAAAUUCGUUUUCGUUUGUAUUAUUUGGUACCUAUCAAGUUUGCACAUAUUUUCAUAUUUCUCGAGCAUUUGUAUAAGCCCAUUAAGGUCUUGGAUGUUCACUUUUUGCUGAUGAGGUUUUUAAAAGUAAUCGUGGUCUUUCAUGGGUGGUGCAAAUUUCUUUUCCUAGUUCGUGGUCUGUCUCUUCAUGGUGUAUGGGAGGUUUUGGGGUGUAUCCAGUGUUGAUUUGUCUGUGCGGUCAGGUACAUUGACCCGGGAGCUCCCUUACAGCUCUGUCUCUGCUGUCAAGUCUACAAAGAUCUUCCUCACUUCCAAAUGUCCUAAGUUAUAUAUUUUUUUUCUGGUUCUUGUAUUUCAAGUUUUUAUAUAAAAGUAUCAUGAUUCUGGAAUGUAUGCCUGUAAGAUGGAGAACUGGCUUUAUGCUCCCCCCACCCCCCAACAAGUAUCCUGAGGGUUCUGGCAUCUUUGGUUGAAUCACCCAUUCUUUGUCCAUGUAUCAAAAACGCCACCUUGCCGAUAUAGAAAGUUCGUGAAUAUACUUAGUAGGUUUCUUGACCUUCAAUUUUAUCACAUUGUCCUCUCUCUCCACAGCGCCCCAUGGUUUUGAAGGUUCUAGCUUUCUACUAUGUUUUAACAAGUGGCAGAGCAAAUAUUCUUACUGCUUUUGUCCACGAAUCCCUAUUUAUUACAGCGAUGUUUGUGGUCAAAGAAAAUGAUAAAGAAAUAUUCACCAGUACUGAAAUUAAUCACAUUUGUGUAUAUUCUAAGGUAGAAUCUUGGUUGAAAAUGAAUGAGGUGAACCUACAUGCAUUAGAAAGAGGCCCAGGAUUGUAUUUCCAAAAUGCUUGGACAUUGAAAAAAAAUUGCAAUAAAAUAUUUUUAUUAUAAAACAAA